AUGACUAAAUCAAUACAAUUAGAGGUCGAUCCUACUAUCAUGGAGCAAAACAUGCGAAUUAUUAAGGAAAAUCCAAUGGAAGAUGAACUUAACAAACUUUUUGCGACUACUGAUAACUAUCCUUAUAAAAUCGUUCAACCAACACCAGGUUUUUGUGUGAAGACUUUUACAAAGAACAACAAAAAGCUUUUUGUUAAUGUAUGCCGCACUGAUGCCAUUCCCUGUCCUAAAGAUAUUACUAAUGAAGAAUUAAUGCAGAUUCUUAGCUCAGACAACCCGUCUAGCUAUAGAGUGCCUAUGAGCAUUGGUGAAGGAAGAAUGGAACCAGAUAAAUCUGGAAUACCUGCUACUGUUUAUGAUGUAGCCAUAAACACAAACUUUUUUUCUAAAAUAGAAAAGGAUGAGGUCUUUCAGACUUUUUUUCUGACAGUAGUAUUUGAGGGGUUACAAGACAAGUACCAAUUUGAAAUAGACAUGUCUAAGUAUACUAUUCUAAAAAAUAGGAAAUCUAUUGGCAAUUUACAGUCACAUAGGAUACAAAUCCGUGAUGUUAAAUCAUGUGAAGCAAAAGUGAAGCCAUUAAUUGAGGAGAUAAAGAAACCCACAAAAGAAUCUAGGAAAGAAAUAGUUUAUAGACUCAGGAGGGAACCACCAACUGGGGAAAUUCAGUACCUUAUGGCUGAAUUUAAAAUACCUGCUUCAGUAGACUUACAAGACCUGAACUUGGAAAUUGGUGAAGAUAGAGUUGUUUUGGAUUCCAAAGGACUUUUUGCUCCAGUAGAUUUCUUCUUACCUUGUAGUGUUGAUCAAGACAUCAUAGAUGCUCAGUUAAAUAGGAAUAUUGAUAUGUUAUCAGUGAAGAUGCCAGUAAUCCAUUAA